ACCAGACCAAUCGAGAGUGAGCGUCUCCGGUGUUGUUGCUGUCCCGUCUGCUUGCUAACGCACCGGGACCAAAUAUCAGCCUCAACAUGUUUCUGUCUCGCGUGGUUCGGUCUGCCGUGUCCCAGACGGUCAGGAGUCUACACCGGUCUGCUGCUCGUGCUGGAGCUGGUGGCAUCUUUGUGCACAGGGAUACAGCUGAGAACAACCCUGAAACUCCGUUUGAGUUCACGGAGGAGAACAAAAAGAGAAUUGAGGCGAUCAUUUCUAUGUACCCCGAGGGACACAAGCAGGCAGCCACCAUCCCUGUCUUGGAUUUAGCCCAGAGGCAAUAUGGAUGGCUCCCCAUUUCUGCCAUGAACAAGGUGGCUGAAGUGCUGGAAAUCCCUCCAAUGAGAGUGUACGAGGUAGCGACAUUCUACACCAUGUUCCUGCGUCAGCCGGUGGGGAAGUACUUCAUCCAGAUCUGCACCACGACGCCCUGCAUGCUUUGCAACUCCGACAGCAUCCUGGAGGCCAUCCAGAAGAAACUGGGUAUCAAAGUUGGCGAGACGACUCCAGACAAGAUGUUCACCCUAAUCGAGGUGGAAUGCCUGGGUGCCUGCGUCAACGCUCCAAUGGUCCAGAUCAACGACAACUAUUACGAGGACCUCACCCCCAAGGAUAUCGAAGACAUUAUUGAUGAACUGAAAGCCGGACGCGUCCCACCUCCGGGGCCGAGAGGUGGACGCUUCUCCUGCGAGCCUGCCGGCGGGUUGACCUCUCUAACGGAGCCACCCAAAGGACCCGGCUUCGGCGUGAGGUCGGACCUGUAGCCGUGUCUCCUCUGAAGAAGCCUGAACUUGGUGUUAUGUUUAACACAAACAUGUGGUGUAAAUAAAUUGCUCAUGUACAUAUUCUCGAGGUCUCUGUGGUAU